AUGCAAGAUUAAGUUGUUAAGCCCAUCUAUUUGUCUAUCAAUCAAUUGACUGAACUAUUCAAUAAUUCUAUACAAGAUUCCUCAGCCUUGGAUGAUCAUCAAAAUAUCAAUAAUCAUUUUCCAAAUUAAGAUUCCUUUGCUGACAUACCUCUAGAGUUUAGUUUUUAGGCUUUACAUUUAAUUAAUUCCCAAAAAACAAUUAAUGAUAUUUAAAUUGCCGACAAGCCCACAACUAAUGUUUUAAUUAGCAAAGAAUAAUAUUAAUCGAUUAUGUUGAAGAUGGAGUAGAAUCGAAAAUUAAGUGAAUAAUAUUAAAAAAUGAUCAAAGAGAACCAAGAAUAAAUCCAAAAUCGUAAAUUACUUGAAGAUUAGAAUGCUGCAAUGUUAGAUUAAAACUUUUAAAUUAAGAGAGAAAUAUAAGAAAUGAAACAAAAAUUAUUAAUUUGCUAAAGUGCUAUUCCUUUAAGAAAGGACAAACAAAUAAUCCAAUUAAGGAAUCAAUACAAAGAGCUCCAAGCAAAGGUGGCAGAAAAACGGGAAACCCAAUAAUCAACAAUUCUCACUGAAAACAGCACAGCAGACUCUGAUAAAUCUAAUUCCUAUUAUUGUAAUACAAGUAGACUAGUCAGAGUCGAUCAAAGCUCCUCUCAUCAUUAAACAAAAAAACCAUAUAGGAGCAGAAAUAAUUCAUUUGUUAAAAUCGUUAAAAAUUGA